UGCCUGCACGGUAGUUCUUCUUCCUCCUGCGCCGUGCCGUCUCGUUGCAGGCUAACGUUGGGAAGAGAAAACCAGGGAGAUAUCGGGGAAGAUGGCGGUCGUGGCCUCGAGGUGUACGGGACUGCUCCUCCCCGACCUCCGCACGAGCCUUGCUGGCCUCCGCCGCCGCUCGACGCCGGCUUCUUCUCUCAGCCUCCGCCCGCGACGGGGUCGUCGCCGGUUGGGGUCCCUCGCCUGCGUCGCGCCGCCCGAUUCGGCGGAGCCGCAGACGGAUGAGCAGGCUGCGAAAGAUGACUCGACUGAAGAUAAGGCUGAGACAAGUAGUGCAUCCCAGGAUGCUGGGACUCCAACUUUCCCCAAUAAGGAUCUCAGCAGAAGGAUAGCUCUACUCUCCACUAUUGCAGCUGUGGGCCUCUUUGCAUCUCAAAGACUCGACUUUGGAGGCGUUUCUCUCAAAGAUCUUGCUGCCAAUGCUACUCCAUAUGAAGAGGCUCUUUCAAAUGGCAAGCCCACUGUAGUGGAGUUUUAUGCAGACUGGUGUGAAGUCUGUCGAGAGUUAGCACCAGAUGUCUACAAAGUUGAGCAACAGUACAAGGACCGUGUCAACUUUGUCAUGUUAAAUGUUGACAACACAAAGUGGGAACAAGAGCUGGACGAGUUUGGAGUAGAAGGCAUUCCUCAUUUUGCCUUUCUGGAUAAGGAGGGAAAUGAGGAAGGCAAUGUUGUUGGGAGGCUUCCAAAACAAUAUUUUCUUGAUAAUGUGGUUGCUCUCGCUUCCGGUGAAUCCACUGUACCUCACGCACGAGUUGUUGGUCAAUUCUCAAGUGCAGAAUCCCGAAAAGUUCAUCAAGUUUCUGAUCCGAGAAGCCAUGGCUAACAAUAGCUUGUUCUGGUGAUUAAUUUUAGUUGUAAUGCCAAGACCUAUGGACAAGUAAGUCCUCGUUACUCUGUUGAAGAGGAGGCAAUUCUGGGCUGCAUGCUUAUUCCUGGAACCAAGGACUAUGGUGUUGGAUAGAGGUGCAGAGCUGGCCAACUCGAGAAAUCCCCUAAAAAAUGCAACCGUGUUCAAUUGUACUAUAUGAUUUUGCUGGUGGAUUCAGGCACCCGGCUACAACUUCGAUAUGUUGGUGAUAUUUGAACCAGUGCAGCUCUGCACACGUAUUUACAUACUGCAAGCUGCGAGCAUGCACAUGUUAGUACAUUGUUUACCAUUAGUUAAGACUUCAAUAGAAUGAUUAUUUACAGGAGCUUACUAAAGUUUAUGUGAUAUAUAUGCUUCUUCUACUUUGAGCUUAUUAAUUGAAAGAGAUUUUUUACCAUCCUUUAAAAAGUAUCUUAAGGUACCAUAUUUUUAAUGUAAAAGUUUAGAACCUUGAGGUACAUUAAAAAGUUAUGACCUGUGUCGUUUGGCUCCCACUAUGGCUUCCCAAAUGUAAGUCUACUGGAUGAAGCUCCAUGUGUCUUAUUUGAUUUUUUUUUACUGCCAAAUUUAA